AAUACAGAUCCCUCUCCUCUCAGUGGCUUCAAGCUCCGAUCCCACACUAUUCACAGAAAAUGGAGGCAGCCAUAUUUCUUACACCAUCAAUUCUCCCUCUUGUAACACCUAACAAAAGUUUAGCUUCGGCAAGGAGGGUCGUCCCAAGGUUACAGACCUCCAAAUGUUCCCCGAUCAAAGCAAGUGCUCCAGUGACAAACGACACUUCAACAGUUGAUUACAGCUCCUUUACCUCUGUUUUUCCAGCUGAGGCUUGUGAGACAAUAGGAGGAGAAGCUUGUAAUGUUGAGAUGUAUCCUGAAGUGAAGCUCAAACCAGAUGCCAGAAGUAACACUCCCAGCACUUCAGAGCAGAUUGAUAGAGAAUAUUUAGAGUACAACAGUGCCAAGACGGUAUUCCUAGACGAGGCUUGUGAUGAUCUCGGAGGAGAGUUCUGCGACCCUGGAUAUCAGGGAUGAGUUUAGCAGUAACAUCUUACCAAGAAAAACAAGGAAAAAGAAUGGAAUGUGUCACCUUUACGUUCUUGACUUCCUUUUCUUUCACUGGGGUAGCAUGGUUCUCUCGGUAGUGUACAUUAAGUUCUUGAAUAAAAAACUUACGUGAAGUAAGCUUUCUAUACUAUCAAAUAUAAUAGUGCACUGUAAAUGCGCAGGGCUGGAAAUGAUUAGGAAGGGAUGCUUUCUAUUAGAACAAAUUCCGGCUUAGCUAGUUUGCUGUUAAUACUGAGAAAAAGGAUCAUUUCAAGUUCA